CCAGUGGGCUGCACAGGAUUGUGUGCAGGAUCGAGGCGCUGGCGCCUGGCGCACCGCUGGCACAGGCUCGCUCCAGACAAGCACCACGAGAUACCCGACCCGAGGUGCACAGUCUUGCGGCGUAGACGGCUUCUUGACGCGAUCGGGAAGAAGGCUACUCGUACCUCGUAUCGCAGACCUGGUCGCAGAGAACAAGUCGCGUUGUCUCCGACGCGGAGUGGGACUUGAAGCACGCGGGCCAAAAUUCGCCACUUGCCAAGAUCAUCGAUGCCGAACCAUACAUCUCGCCUCAGCGCCGAGCUGCUCGAGCUCGUUGCUACGCACGUACCCAGCGCUGUCGACCUCCUCGCGCUGCUGGCAGCGCUGCCGACCGAUCUCUUGACGCCGCCGCUACAGAGCUUGCGCGAGCUUGCGACACAUGUCGAGCCUACGUCGCUCUGGCCGACGCUGGUUUUGCCGCACGACGCGACGCCACACGUGGCCGCUUUGAUCGAGUCGAUCCUGCGCGUCCUUCCAGCUGUGGCGGUGGCCGCGCCGUCGACCUCGAUCCGCUCGCUCUCGCUGCUGCCGUCGACACGCGUGCAUCUGCUGGCGCUGGCCUCACCUGCAGCCUACGCUGUGGCCAUGACAGAGUGGCGCGACCACAUCACGUCUGUGACCAUUCACCUGGAGCACGAGAAUGAGGCGACGCGCUGGACGGGCGACGCGGUGCGGACGUGGUGCCAGCAGCUGACGAAGCUGCCACGGCUGACCUCGCUGCGCCUGCACUGGGCGCUCGACGCGGCAGACGACCUUUUCGACGCGCCCGCCGUCCUCCUUGAUGCGAUUACCGCGUCGUCGCUCACGGACGUCUCGCUAACGUUCGAGAGCUGGUUUACGUGGGAUAUGGCCAUGAGCAAGGUGUUUGCAGCAUGGCUGGACGCUGCGUCUGUCACCAACAUCGCGCUCACAAACCUCUUCUUGCCGCAGCAGAGCCCCGAGGCGCGUCUUCUCUGCGACAGCCUACUGCUUGCGCCGUCCUUGCAGUCUAUUGCGCUACAUGGCGGCAACAUGACCGAGUCUUUUUUGCAGUCGCAGCACCGACUCGGGCUUCACGUCUCGGCGCUGGCGCUGGAUGGCUGCACGCACGAACUGCUUCCAAACUUGGCCACCAAGAUCAACGACUCGCGUCUGAGCGACCUUGCGCUGGGCUUUCACCGACCCUGUGCCACCUACGUCGGGCUGCCGCGCGUUGUAUCGGCGGUGCUAAGCGCGGUGCGCACUUUCUUGUGGUCGUCGCACGCGCACGACGGACAUUCGCUCGAGGCGGCGCUCUCUCAGACCAUUUCACGCCUCCCGCACCUGCAGCGCUUGUGCUUGAAAGGCCUCGCCUCUGCCUCGAUGCCGCUACCAGCUCUUUAGCAAUCCUGAUAGAUAACUUAAGUUGCAUUCUCUACGUCAA